CAUUCUCUGUCGUUUCUGCUCCACUUCAAUGUAGACGUGGUUUUGAACAUUACUACAUAAACAAAAAAGAGUAUCAAAGAUUUUCCCAGCAUAUACAUGUAGACCCCUACCAUCUUGUCAAUGUCGGAAUCUUCAAAGGAAACAUGAGAUGUGUGUUUUGAGUUCCAUCUUUGUGAAAUAUUCACAUAUGAGUGACAAUGGCUACAGAUGCAGAAAUCGCCCGAAAACUCCAACUAGAAGAGUUCCAGCAAGGGGACAGUACUGAUCCAGAUGCACAGUUGGCAUGGCAAUUGCAACAAAGUGAAGUUUCUGAAGUGGAUGAAUUGGACUCUGGAUCUCUACGCCUCGACCAGCUUUCACCAGAACCUGUGUCACAGUCUUCGGACACAAUAGGCUAUGAUCACCCAGUAUUAGAUGUUUUGAGUCCCGAUUGCGGACGAGUUGAGAUUGAAUUUGAGCAAGCUUCUGCUCAGAGUGUACCCCAUGUGAAUAUGUAUAGUGUACAGGAUGAUGAGAGAUUUGCAUUUCAACUGGAUGAACAGCUAAAACUUUCUCAGGAACAGGAGGAUGCCGUUUUGGCACAGAAACUUUUUGAAGAAGAGGAAAACCAUCACUCACUGAGUAGGGUCACACGACCCCCUACAUUACCCCGCAGGGAACCACCUCAGAGAAACCGACCCCCAAGACAUUUCCUGUUAAAUCCUGUACAUGGAAGACAUCAGCUGUUUGACCCUACCUUCAGUCCAUCUGAAUCUGAUAUACCAUUAAACAUUCGUGGCCAUCAUCACCAUCAUCUACCAAGACCUGAUCUACAACGGUCAACAUUUGGUGUUAUGAUGAGAAACAAUAUAUUUCCAAGGAAUAUGCUGCCGCCAGAAGACGUAGAUUUAAAUGACUAUGAGGCACUCUGGGAGCUAGCAGAACAAAUUGGUGAUGUCAAAGGUAAUGGAGUGACACAGGAAGUGAUCGAUGAUCUCCCCUCUCAUGCAUUCAAGAAAGACAUGCAUGGAGCUACGUCUCAGAAAACUGAUCAUGAGUGUCGCAUAUGUCUGUCCACAUUCAGUGAAGGAGAGGCUGUCAAAACUUUACCAUGUCUGCACAUGUAUCACCAAUCCUGUAUAGAUAACUGGUUAAAGAGAAAAGGAGACUGUCCCAUUUGCAGGGAACAUGUGAAAAGAGAGUCCUGAAUGUGAUUUAUUACAUGUCUCAAUUUCUUCUUCAUCAUCGUCAACCCAGUCAUGGUACAGUGCAGCUCAAGAUGUCAUCUUCAUGAUCAGUUAUAUCAUGGUGCGAUAUUACCACAGAAGUUCAAAACUUCAUACUCUUCAGAGAAUACAACCAGAGACGUGAUUCACUAAGAUUUCUGAGGACUUUGUUAUAGAUUAUAAGCCUUUAGUAUGAUGUCCGCCCAUCCUGAUCUGUUAUAUUAAUUGUAUGAAUUAACAUUAUCCAUCAUCAAAUGGAAUGUUAAGCAUGAGCCAAGCAACUAAACUAAGCAAAUGGUCUGUUUAUAUAGAUAAGACCUGAUUGCUGUUACUGAUGAUUAAUAAUUGUAUACUGUGUUUAUGGCAUUGUCUUUUUUGUGGGUCUAAUAUGUCUUAGAUGACACAUGUUUUACCAAGAAUCCAAAAUAUUCAAAGAUACAUUUUGUGUAUGAUUUUUGACUGAUGUCAUGUUGAUUUGUAGAAAAAUGUUUUAUGAUAUAUUCACCUGAUGUCAUAUUUGAGUAUGGAACAUGGUUGACAUGGUUUUAUUGUUAGAAUUGGUAAAGGGUCAGAUAAACAUAAAGUUAUGUAUAACAGCUUUAGGACAAUCAAUCAGAGUUCUACAAAUGAUUUUUAAUCUGGUCACUUUCAAGAGAUUUAUGUCAUAAAGAUUGCUCUUAUGUUUGUUUAAAUAUAUGACCUUGACCUGAAAGUUUCAAGAAGCCAUAGUUCAAAUUUUCAUUUGAAAUUAUUUGAUAUAAUUCAUUGAAUUUAUAUGAAAGUCAAAAUUUAAACAAAACAAAGAAAACUGGCUGAAGUAUGAAUUCAUGUCAAUGAGAUUAAUAAGCAUAAAAAAUAGCAAUAACCGUAUGUCUGUGGCAGUAAGCCCAUGUCUGGUGAUAAGCCCAUCUAUAUAUAUUGCUUUCAGUAGAACCAUAAAUCAAUCUUAUUGUCCUGUGAUAAGUCCAUCUUCUGAAUAUCAGUGAAAAGUGAUGUGUUGACCUCCUGGGGUCCUGUAAUAUGCCCAUCCCCAGAUUUUGAGUAAAAAGUUGUGUUAGACCCCAGGGCUUAUCAUAUAUUUAGAAAUAAUAGCGUAAUUGACAAAAGUGAAUAAAGAGUAAAAACCUCUGUCAUUGAUGAUCUAAUAUGCUGUUAUUUACAACACCUCAUCCUUAUGUGACAAGCCUGUGUAACAACAUUUACCCAAUCAGAUCUGUGUAAAUUGUUGAUCAGUUUUUAACCAUGCCAGAUGAAAUGCUGUUUACAAAAUAUAGCAAACACGGUCCGAUCAAACAGUUUAGUUCUGUGAUAAAUGGUGGUGACAUUAGAUAACUGCACUUUACAUGUGAUGUUGUCCUGUAUAUUAGGAGCUUUGCUGAAGUUGACCUUCAAUUAGUAAUCUUUGAGUUUGUUUCAUGUGAAGAUAUGCUGUAAAAUCUGUUUUUUU